AUGGACGCCGGGUUCACCUGGAUCGUCUGUUUCGGGCUGAUCGUGAUACUCGUCGUGUCGCAAGGCUGGGCCAUUGACUGUUUCAAGUGCGUGUCGAUCGACGGAGACAAUAAGCCCUGCGACGACCCUUUCCACAAUAACGGAAGCCUGGCUUUCUUGGAGUCGCCAUGCCUGGGAGGUCGCAAAGGCCGCGAUGGUCUCUUCCCUGCGACCGCGUGCAUCAAAAUAGCGGGAAUAUACGACGAGUCUGGAAUCUCUUUGACGGUGAGAAGCUGCGCGUUGGACAGCGGAACUUUGACGACCGACUCGGAAAUUAUAAGAAUGUCGCAUUGCGGAGGGUUCUACUUCGACGACAAGUACGUACGUGGUUGCGUUCAAUCCUGCAACGACGCGGAUGCUUGCAACGGAUCCACGCGACAAGCAGCUUCGUUCGUACUUUUGAUUCUGUCUCUUUUCAUCGAGUUAGCCUGA